UUAACCGAAGUAUGUCCCGCUCCCGCGCGCGUCCGUAGUGGUCGGCCGAGUGUACGAGACGGUGUGCGCGACGCGGGACGCUCCGCUGAAUGAAUGACAUAACUUAUAUAUAAAUAUCGCGUAUCGGAGUCGCGUGCCGCGUACCCCCCGAUUCGGAGUCGACUCGGCGACGGUGCGGAGUACUGCGGAGAGACAGACGGUUGCGCGAUAUCGACUCGCGUGCGUCGAUAUACGUUACGCGAGCAGCCGUGACAGUUACGUUGGCCGGUGCUGGCCGGUGCGCGUCGAACGCGGAGAGACGCGGAGUAGCGUAGUUGCACGCGCGCGCGCGCACGUAGCAAACGUCGUAGCAAAGCGGAGCGGGUGCGGAGCGGACCGAAGCGACGCGGCGUGGCGUCGCGCGUUUGCCUCCUCGCGCGGCACGUGCGUUUACGAGCGUUUAAGGGACGCGACAAUGGCCGCGGAUUGCGUGGCGGACGGCGACUACCUCGGCGAGUACUCGCGAUUCUUCGCCGAGUUCGUCGCCAGGGUGAACCCGGACGAUCAGCUGCCGGUGAAGGUGAGCGUCUACAACGUCAACGAGAGCGAGCUCGUCGGUGAGAUCAUCAGCCUCACUCUACAGUACCUCAAUCGAAUAUACUGCCCACCAAGCUUACAGUCUUACAUCGCACGUCUCGUGAUACAAGCGAUCAAAUCAACAUGCAAGAAACAGCCGGAAAUCUGCGGACUGAGGCAGCAAGAAAAGACGUACGCGCCUUUGAAGCUCAUGCAAGCCGUCACGAACGAGGUGAACGAGAUCUGCAGGCGGUAUUUAGAUAACAGCAGACUGGCCCUUCUGCCACCACCUUCGUCGACGCCGCAAGUGACAGUGGGUGCUAUUAAAAAUUCCAGAAGAAAAAUGGAAGACCGCCACAUGAUCCUGCACGAUUUGAAUACCAUGUUUAAUAUUCAGGACGACACUAUUGUGGAUUACUACGCCGUAUUCGACGGCCACGGCGGACAGGAUGCCGCGGCGUAUUGCGCGACGCAUCUACAUCAAUAUUUGGUCGAGAGUGUGCACUAUCCUACGGAUCCGGAACGUGCGUUGCGCGAUGCUUUCCUAACUACCGACGCACAAUUCAUAGCGAAAUCGAGUACACAGAAAUUAAACGGUGGUACCACCGUGGUUUGCGCAUUGCUGAUAAAUAAGAAAUUGUACAUUGCUUGGGUUGGCGACUCCAUGGCUUCGCUGGUUACACGCGGCAACGUGAAGCAAUUGGUGAAUCCUCAUCGACCCAUGAGAGAAGACGAGACCGAACGGAUUCACAAUAUGGGAGGAGCUGUCGUCCAUUGUAUGGGUGUGUUGCGCGUAAACGGACUCCUCAGUAUAUCCCGAGCCAUUGGCGAUGUCCCGUAUAAACCGUACAUCAGCGGCGAGCCCGAGGUCCGAUGCGUACAUCUGGACGGUACCGAGGAUUUUCUCAUAAUCGCCUGCGACGGAUUGUGGGAUUACGUUGACCAGAGAACCGCGGCGCUUCGCGUCUACCGGCAGGUGCUGCAGAAUCCUUACGAUCUCAAGCACGUGCAUCAGGCCUUGCUGCAGAGUGCUAAGCGCGCGGGUUCCCUGGACAAUAUCACCGUAAUCGUAGUGUUCCUGACGCCGCCGAUUGAAAUCGCCUCGCGCUCAAAUCCGUUCCUGACGCAUCAAGCACCGAAUGGUCUAUUACUGAACAAUAUGGAUUCGAAUAAUCCGAUCCCGUCGAAUCGCGAUCAAUUCGAAGUAAACCCAUCAGCCUUCAUCAAGCAGCUGUUGGAGGAUGCAGAUCGCCCCCCUUACGAUAUGGACUUACUUACCUCCAAUACUGGGUGCGGAAGAAUGGCCAGAAAUGGCAAGCAUCGGGACGACGACGACGAAUACGAUUACACGGACAAUUUAGGUCCGGAGACCGACGUCGACGCCGGCGAGGAUGUGCACGACAACAAUUACCCUCUCGCCGCAUCGUUGUCGCUCGAUCCUUCCCCCGAGAGCGAGAAGUCGCCGGUGGAAGCAGAGAAGCACAGCAGCGAUGACGACAGGAACGACAACAAUUAUUCUAACCGCGACAAUGCGAACGUCUGCCCGGUGGACUCGAUAGUAGACGAUGGCAAUGUAGACAAUCGUGUCCGACCGAGUGACAGAGACGUUCGCGACGCGGACGACGAAAUGCUGCGCGACCACGAUGACGACGACGUCGCGCGUAUCGAGACUGCUGGCAUGCAUACCGUCGUGGACGAUGACAAGUCGCAACCCUCGCCGCGAGCUGCUAAACCUCCUCAGCAUGCACAGUUCGAACCGGAUAAUGUAGUGGACACUGAUUCCGAGGACGAGUGGAAUUACUAUCGGCCGAACGAACAGGAAUCCGCAGCGGCAGCUGUUGCGCCAGACGAAUCUCAUAAAGGCGUCGAGGAGCAAAGUACACAGGAGAAUCCAGAGUCUGUCGCGAAAGGUAGCUCGGAAGUUGAGUCUCCGGAAACAGAGAACGAUAUUAAAUGCGAAGAAUUAGUGAAAGAUACCUCCUCGUCUGAGCUUAUCAACACCAAUAUAAGCGACGAAAAAAAAUCGAGCGAACUGGAAAAGGAUCAGAUUCUCCUAGAUCUACAGAAAGAGAAAACAGAACAGGAUAACAUGGAUUUCCAAUUGAAUCCGGAAGCAGCCGAAUUUGUGCCGUUGUCACCACCGUUAAUGGGUCCCAGGGUCUUCUUGGAGGAUUUUGCCCUUAGUGGCUCUCCUCUGAAGCAACCACAGGCAAUGGAUGAUAUUUCUAUACCGAGCCAGAGCGAAUUUGAUAAGGAAGUGUGUUACCGACCAAAGGAGAUAGGCGAAGAAUUCGCGCAUGAAGAACAAGCAGAUCUGCAGAAUAAUGGUUCGCAGAGUAUGGAUGUAUCCGAGAUUUCGUCAACCAAAGCCGAAAUGGGUGAUGAUGAAUCUAUGAUGCAUGUCACGUCUACCUCGCAGUGGCAAACGAAUAUCUCUUCUCAAUGGAAUGAAAAGACGGGCGACGAUGCGGGAUCCGAUUUGGAGGAGGACGAUAUUGUCACCAAGAAUAAUCCCAUGGCUAUGUCGCUCACUCCAGGUAAUUUCAAGGCGGCAUUCGAGAAAAGUGUCGAUCUAAAUGCCGUACACAUAUUGGACGACAGUUCAGAUGGUGCUGAACAAGUGAACACGCCGCCGCGUUCACCCAAGCCGUAUGCAGACGAGGAUCGCGCGCACACACCCCUCUCGGAGGACAAGAGCCCGAGCGAUAUCCUAUGCGCGUCAACACCACAGCCCCCAGACGAUAACUCUGUGUCCACUAUGAGCUCUGAGAUUAGCUCCGAAACGAAGACCUCUUCUCUUUCAACAACAGUGCGUUACAAGGAAAAGUUGAACCGUGAACCUAUUAUAAUUACCACGAAACCACCCUUUAGCUCCUUCGGGAUAAAAGUAAUGGAAUGUUUGCCGGUAGAACUAGAAGGAUUUCAUUACUUCUCUGCUGAAAUGAAACAUGAUGGGUCAAUACGGUCCGAAAGUUCCAUAGAAGAAUGUGAAGAAGACGCAAAAUUAACAAAGGACGAAGAAGAUGCAAAAUUAACAAAGGACGAAGAAGAUGCAAAAUUAACAAAGGACAAAGAAGACGCAAAAUUAACAAAGGAGGAGAAAGAAGAAAAGAUAAAACAGUUAUUUUCACUCUCAGAUGAUGCAGAUACGGCUCGCAUUAUGAAACAGGCAGCACAAUCGUUGCAGAAUUCUUCGCAAAUCAUAGAAAAGGAAAGUAUGGAGUCCGAAGUGCCGAAAAAUCUUCCAGAUUCAACGAAUCAUUUAAAUUUAAAUGACGCAAUACACAUCUCAAAACAAGAUGUCGUGCCACAGUCAUUAUUAUCGGAAAAGAUAUUUCCAGAAACGGCCUCGGGUACGGAACAGACGCACUAUCACGCUAAUUUGGACUCUGCAAUUAUCUCUGAAAAAAUGGAUACUUUUAGUCAAUCGUUUAAAACCGAAAGCAGUCAAUUGAAUCAAUCUAACCGGACGGAUUGCUAUAAAUCAGAAAACUCGAUGCCUCAACUUGAAAAUGUUGAUCCCGAGUUUGCACACGAAGAUGGUUCUCAAUUAGAAAAUAGAAAACAGAAAGAGGUUGAAAACCUCCUCUUUUUGUGUGAUAACGACGAACCGGACUUUGCAACUGAAUUUAUAAACCCCUUUUUAUUUAAUUCGAUGCAAAAAUUUAGCUUUGCGGAGGACAAGCUGCAACAGAAAAACAAGAUGUUCAUGGAACACGUACCGACAGAACCUACAACGUUGAUCAACAAGCCAACUGAGCAAGAGCAAGCAAAGUUAAUACCUGCAGAAUUACUCAUUGAUGUUGAUAAGGUACUCAACAUAAAUGUCGAAUCCGAAAAUAUUCCUUCGAAAGAGGGAGAAACUGAGCCACGAGAAACCGCAAAAGCAUCACCAGAAGAUACCGCGGCGAUAGACAAAUCGAAAGAAGAGGUUACAGGAAUCGCAGGAGCAUCGGUGGGAGCCGUCGUCGCUACAACGGCGGCGGCCGUCGCCACUGUGAGCCCGAUCAAGGCGAAGGCGGCUACGACGACGAGCGCAAAACGUCCAACGAAAACUACGACGAAAGCAACAACAGCAUCGACAACGAAAACGAUAACGAAAUCCACGCCAACCUCGCCCUCCAAAACGGUCAGCGCGGCCAUGCGAGGAACUACGACAUCACCAGCACAAUCGGCUGCGAAAAAACCCGCUACGAGUACCGCAACUCGUCCCAAGCAACUGGACGGAUCAACCAAAGCGGCGAUCUCGAGCACCAGCGGUAAAACCACUGUCACAAAGACAACAAUAACUACCAAGGCAGCGACGACGACAACAGCUACGAGAACCAGCGCUUCUCCACGUUUGAACUCUGGUACAACGAGACCAAAAACUACCACUACCAUCUCGUCGAAGGUGAACAGUGGCAUAUCGAGCGAGAAGAAAUCGACGAUGAGCAGUGAUGCGAAAUCCGUCAGCAAACCUGCCACCACAAAGCCAACGAGCGCUACUCUUAGAACAACAAUCACUAGUACAACCGCGAAGACCACUUUAGCCAAAACAUCGUCAACGACCGCGAAAACAUCGCCAUCCAGUGUAACGUUGAAACCAAGGCCCGCGUCCGCGACUGCAGCUGCUAAGAUCACAUCGAUAUCGAAACAGCCGGCGACCGGCGUCAACAGCGCGUCGAGACCCAGAACCGCGCCGACGACCAGCACGAUCAAGCCGCGCGAAAAUACCGGUAGAACGAUCACGGCCACGACCACUAAAUCGCCGUUAAUCGAUAAACAGAGUAAAGAGACGGUCAAUAAGCAAAUCUCCCGUUCUGGGGCAUCAGCGCCCAAGAUCAGUGGUCGCACUUCCGCGCCCACCGGCACAACUGGCGUUACGAAGACACGCACAUUUACUGGGAAAUCGACUGGGAACGCAACCUCGCCAACAAAGAAAACUCUGACCUCGAAGACUGCCUCCAGGACCUCCUCCACCGCGACGAAGCGAUUACCCUCGAGCGAGACCAAGGUAUUGCAGAAUGGAAUUCCCAAGGAGGACGUGACCAAAGCCGCCGUCAUAACAGCAACGAGCAAACCCGAGGACGACGUGCCGCGGAAGGACACAUCGCCGGUGAACGUGCCGACCGAUAAUCAGCUGAUCGCCGAUUGAACGGUCGAUCGGUAAGCUGCGAACUGUCCGCCGCUGUCGCGCAACACACGUCGGCCUAGGGAUUACGCGUCGCGGGUUUACGUGAACCGAUACAUAGGUUCCUCCUUAUUAUUAUUGUUCAACGGACAGAGCACGACCGCGCGUCGGGACAUCCGCUGGAGUAGUGUUUAGGGAGAUAUACAUGUAUGUUGAACCGGAAAAAUUUUUUAUUGUUCUUACGUGAAUGCAUACAUACGUGACAGAGAUAUUCAAACUAUCAACGAGAGAGUGAGGCAUACCCUAAACAUUGCUUUCGACAACUGCUGCCUUAUCGCAAUAAGGGGGGAUCGACAGUCUUGUUAUGUAAAUAUAAUUGGAUGCGUUUUCACACGUCAUUACUUUCAACUGAUCCGCGGGCCCGAGUUUGUCUGAGAGAAGAGUGCCUCGUGACGGCCUGAAAAAUAGACCUUCAACUCCGAUAUGGCAGUACGUUAAUCUUUAACCUUUAACGAAACUCGAUAAAAUAUAUGGAUUUUUUACAAUUUUUUAAUUUUAUAUGCGCAUUAUAAUUGAUAACGAUUACUCGCGACACAAUUUUACUCGAACGACAAAGGGAAAAACAUGGAAAAGAAAAGAGGAGAAGAGGGAAGCGUAUAUUUAUUCUCGUUUGUUCCUAUUUUUGAAGUUGAAUUCAUUGCGAGAUAUAUAUUGACUCGUAAUCAUGAUAUAUGUAAUGCUAUCUAAUCUAUGUGUACAGCACCCUAAUGGUUUAAUGUGAUACCUUACAGUACUAUUAAAUAAAUUCGAAUGAUACACAAGAGGAGCCAGAAGAAGUUUAUAUAUAUAUAUUUGAGCGGAAGACGAGAAAACGAGCGGGAUCCAAAGAUUAAAAGGGAAUCAGAGAAAUACUAUUUCUUUCUGCGGAUAUAAUAUUUCGGCCGCUCUUUUUAGAUAUUCUCUCACUAAAUGUUUGGAUCCCGCUUCUCGCGUUUCUCGACGCAAUCAACGUCAUCAUUGCGCGCGCGCGUGCGUUUAAAGCUUUUAUACACCGCACAAAUUUCACAAAGGAAGGCUCAGACCCGAACUUCAGCGAUUUCGAAACUUGGCAGGAUUCACAGAAAAAGUUCUCCCGAAUGUAAUGAUAUCCCUAUUUGGGUGCAGACGGUCAAGCGUUUCUGAAAUAUUUUAAUAAUUAAUUUAGUAACGUCUUUAGUAGGAUUGUCACGUAUGAGUAUUUGUGACAUACGAGUAGUGGAUAUGGUCUACCUCAUAAUUUGUAGAUUUGAGUUUAAACCCCACAAUCAAUUUUUUUUAUUCUAUAAACGUUUUAUGAUGAAAAUAAUUAUUGUUAAUAUAAAGAAAUAAAUUAUUUUAAUAUAAAAAUUUGUAUUAUAUAAAUAGUAAUAUAAAAUAAUGUAAUAGUUAUGAUAUAAAGUCUACAAAUUAUGAGGUAGUUACCACAAUUACUCGUACGUGAGUAUCCCAAUAAACUACUAAAGACGCUACUAAUUUAUUAUAAAAAUAUUUCGGAUAAACAGUUGAUCAUCUGCACCCAAAUAAGAGGUAUCAUUAUGUUCGAGGAACUUUCUCCGUAAAUCCUGCCAAGUUUUAUGGAAAACAGUAGAGCUCAGUUCUGAGUCUUCCCUUGUCAAUUUCUUUUCUUUUGCGUUCGACGCUUCCACUGUUAGAGCACGCGCUCGGACCAACGACGUGAUGAAACUUCGGUCGAAAACGGUUUCCGUCUUUUUUUUUUUUUUUUUUAAUCCCGUUUGACUUACGAUCGUGAAAAUAUCUCUUUCGUCUGAUUUUAUCGGAACCAAGACAUGCCCGCGAUGGUCUCUAAAUGCGCCAAAUAAUCAUUAAACAAGCGUUCCCGCAAACAUGAUGAGAUCGAUGUAAUUAAAAAGAUCGGCGAUUCUUUUUAAGGUGAUUUAAACGUUCGACGCGAGUCCUCUGUGUAAGGGACUCGCGAUGCCGAUCUGUACACGCACGCACAAUAUUCGAUAUGAUAUGCAUUAAAUGCGGCUUCGUAUCAAGGAGAGAAAGAGAGAGAGAGAAAGAGCAUAGCUUAGCGUUUUCACGCGCGUUUCGUAUGCAUGUUAUUCCGAUUUUCUUGUGUACGCGUAUUUGUCACCAUUUUAUUCUUCUUUUUUUUCUCAGAAUUCAUAAUUGAAUAAAUAAAUAUUACGUUUGAA